UAAUUUUAACGUAGCACCCAUUUCAAAUCUUUGUCACAGGGUUGUAAAGCUUGUAUUUUUAGUUGAAAAAGGCCACUUUAUUUAGUAGAAAAACGAUUGGCCGGUGGGGUAUAGUCCGGAGGAGCGUUAUUUUAAGAUGGGGUUUUUUGUAGUGGGGACUGUGGGGAAAAGAGUGGUAUUUUUGUCCACAGGCCAUUUAGGUCUAGACUAGAAGAGUGUUCAUCUGGGGUCUUCCGGUUUCUAGUUUCGGCAUUGAGUGCUGCACUCUCAGAUAGCGUUGGAAGCUGAUGAAAUCUUUGUGGAUUCUGUUUGAGAUUCAUUAUAUUUGGCGUUCGGACUUUUGAAGAGGGAUAUAUCUGUGUGGUUUCUUCUUUUGAGCUGGUUUUGUGCGCAAGAAACUGAUUUAAGCUGCAUCUAAAGGCGACGGAGUGGAAGGUUUCGUACCCCAUACUUUUGAAGAUGAUGGGUGAAAAAGGACUGGGGAGAAUUCUUCUGCUUCUAGUUUCAUUCUUGCCCACUGCCUUGGGUGCAUUUGUGGGAAUAAACAUCGGUACCGAUGUCUCUAACCUGCCAGAAGCUUCAGAUGUAGUAGCAGUCUUAAAAUCCCAUGAGAUAACUCAUGUGCGACUUUAUGAUGCCGAUGCUCACAUGUUAAAAGCCCUUGCUAACAGUGGGAUUGAUGUCAUGGUUGGUGUCACGAACGAGGAAGUUUUAGGGAUUGGGGAAUCUCCAGCAGCAGCGGCGGCUUGGAUUAACAAAAAUGUUGCUGCUUACCUGCCUGCAACCAAUAUAACUGCAAUUGCUGUUGGCAGCGAAGUUCUUACUUCAAUACCUCAUGCUGCUCCAGUUUUAGUUCCGGCAAUGAAUAACCUUCAUAAAGCUCUGGUUGCCUCUAAUCUCAAUUUUAUGGUUAAGGUCUCAACCCCACAAUCAAUGGAUGUAAUACCGAGGCCCUUCCCUCCCUCCACUGCGGCUUUCAACUCUUCAUGGAACUCUACAAUGUACCAGCUGCUUCAAUUCCUGAAGAACACAAAUUCUUCAUACAUGUUGAAUGCUUAUCCAUAUUAUGGAUAUACUCAAGGAAACGGGAUUUUCCCACUUGAUUAUGCUCUUUUUCGAUCACUUCCUUCGGUGAAGCAGAUUGUUGACCCAAAUACUCUUUUUCACUACAACAGCAUGUUUGAUGCCAUGGUCGAUGCCACUUAUUAUUCUGUCGAGGCCAUGAAUUUUUCUGGGAUCCCUGUUAUGGUGACAGAAACUGGCUGGCCUUGGUUUGGUGGAUCAAAUGAACCUGAUGCAACGGCGGGAAAUGCCCAAACCUUCAACAACAACUUGAUCAAGCGAGUGCUUAAUGGCUCGGGUCCACCUAGUCAGCCAGAUGUGCCAAUCAACACAUACAUCUAUGAGUUAUAUAACGAAGAUAAGAGACUGGGACCCGUGUCAGAGAGAAAUUGGGGUGUGUUUUUCACCAACGGGACUUCUGUGUAUCCUCUCAGCUUGGGCACAUCCAGUCAAGUCACGGGGAACUCUUCCGGGGUGUUCUGCAUAGCGAAGCAGGAUGCGGAUCCCGACAAGUUGGAAGACGGGCUAAACUGGGCUUGUGGUCAAGGUCAGGCUAACUGCACGGCUAUUCAGGCAGGACAGCCGUGUUACUUGCCCAAUACUGUGGCGAGCCAUGCUUCGUAUGCCUACAAUGACUAUUAUCAGAAGAUGCAGAGUGUUGGUGGGACGUGCGAUUUUCAGGGCACGGCUAUGACAACUCCGGACAAUCCCAGUUAUGGAUCGUGUAAAUUCACUGGGAGUUCAAACUCAAGCUCCAGCGUGAUUACCCCGUCAGCAUCUGCACCUUUCAGUCCUCAAGGUGGAGGUUCACCAACUUCAGCUUCACUAGUCUCCGAACUAAAAUACGUGAUUUGCGCGAUCGCCGUUGCUCUAAUGUCCAUUUGACAAAGGGUUGCGGGCCUUAAUUCGGCUAGAGCAGUCAAUAGCGGGUUACUGGUAGAUCUUGUUGGCUGUGAUGAAAUUGGUGGGAGAUUCUUGAGCCUAGUGAGAAAUUCUUGUUCAUUCAUCACUUCUCAUUUUUUUGCUUGUGAUUAGAGAUUCUUCCGUUUAGUUCCUCUUGGUCUAUUUUAUGCCAUUGUAACAUUUGAUUCUAGAAUGUGUGGAUAGAGCAUGAUUCUUUUGGAGGGGGGAGAUGAGAAUGGACCAAUGUGACUGGCGAUUGCCUUGCCUGCUUGCAAUUUCCCUAAAAUCAGCCACCAAAUAAAUUAUCGUAGAGAAGUAAGAUGGGUGGCCUUCAAUUUUCCA